CUUUGUAUAUCGACAAUGUGACCAUCACCGAAGCAACUGCAGACACGUAUUUAUUUAGAUGUUUUUUAAUUAAAAAUUAAAUAGUGCUAAAACCAGGUAGCGCAGCCAGUUGAAAAAAGCGCAGAAGGGCCCGAAAAUGUUUGCCAACCUGAAAAACAAGCUGAUCGAGGAGGUGAAGGCGUCGCCGUCGAAAUUCCAACAAUUUGCGAAUGCUGCACAGGCCGCCGUGAGCUCAUCGUCGAGCACAACACCCAAUUCGGACACGAACACCAGCAACAAUGAGAACUUCUUCAGCAUCACGGAGGAGGACACACCUCAGAACUCGCCUUAUCGCAUCCAAAAACUGCCGGCCACAAGUGCAUCUUCGCUUCGCGGACGCUCAACCCAAUCCCUGAAUGGUUCGAGGACCCGCAAGCUGUCUAACUCGUCCAUGGCCAGCGAUGUGUCCUUCCGCCUGCCCACCUACGAAGCGCCAGCUGUCUACCACUUGCAAUCGGAUCUUGACGAGACGAGCAGCGAGUUCGACGACUCCGCCUCGACGGCUCGUCUGGAUGUGAUCACCAAGGACCAGCUGUAUGAUGCGUAUAAGAAGUCCCUGGAUCGCUAUCACAAGUACCGCUGCCGCUACACGGAUCUGGCCAAAAAGUACAAGGAACUGGAGCGCGACAGCUCCAAGGCGAGGUCCGUGUUGGUGGAGACGCAAGACAAGGCGCUGCGCCGGAUAAGCGAGCUGAGGGAGCAGUGUACGCUCGAGCAGCAGGCAAAGGCGCAUUUGGAGGAGGCGCUACGCAUUGAGAUGGACGACAUGAGCUGCAAGAUGCAGGCUUAUCAAACGAAGCUAAAGUUACUCGGCGAGAAUCCGGAGAACAUUACGGCUGCUCUGGAGCGAAGCGGGCAUCUGCUGGACACGGAGCAGCUUAUCGACCUUGAUGAGUCGGCGGGGAAGUCGGAACCGUCUGCAAAUGGUGGUUCCGGUGAGGAUGGCUCCGAUCUCCAGCGACUUCUCAAAGAGCGGGAGACCCAACUUAAGGAAGUGACCGAAAAGUAUGAAGCUCUCCGCAAGCAAGAGGAGGAGAAUGUUCUGCUUCUGGCCCAGACGAAGCAGGCCAUUCACACAGAGUUGGAGCACAAGGACACCGAGGUGCGACAGCUUCAGGAGAAGCUGAAGCAGUUGGAGUCUCAGCGGGAGUCCCACAGCAACGAAGCUAAGGAGCAGCUUAAAAAACUUCAGGCUACGAAGCAGGAAGUCGAUGCCAAACUAAUAGCCACGGAGCACUUGCUGAAUUCCCUGAAAGGAAACUACGCAGCCAAGGAGCAACAGGUGGCUGCCCUCGAAAAGCAACUGGAAACUAUUAAAACGGACAACGAGCAAAAACUAAAGGAACUUAAACAACAGAACGAAAGUCGCGAAAACCAAGCAAGCGAUUCAAACGAACAGCUUAAGAAACUACAGUCAGCCAAAGAGGAAGCCGAGGCGCAGCUUUUGGUCAAGGAUCAACUGUUGGAAUCUCUCAAAACCGAACACACAGCCAAGCAGAAACAGUUGAAUGAUCUAGAGGAGCAGCUGGCUGUUUUGAAAAAGGAUAACGAAGCUAAUUUAAGCAAGUUAAGAAAAAAUCAAGAUGCCAGCGAGUCUCAAACGAAUGAAGCUCAAGUUCUACAAACUCAACUUCAAGCAGCCAAAGAUGAAGCUGAAUCAAAGCUCUUGGCGACAGAAAAACUUUUAAACUCUCUUCGGAAAGAUCACGAAGCCAAGGAAGACCAGUUGGCUAAGUUGAAGGAGAGCAUAAGCACAAUUACCCAGGAAAACGAUGUGAACCUACAAAAAUUGCGCCAGGUCAACGAACAACGUGAGUCUCUAGUUAAAGAUGUUCAGAAGAAGCUUGAAGAUUUGCAAGCGGCUAAGGAUGAGGCCCAAGCAAAACUUCUAUCCACGGAACUCAGUUUAAACGCCCUUCAGGCCGCACUCUCGGCAAAGGAAGAGCAAGCUGUGUCCUUGGAGCAAAAUUUGAAUGCCCUCAAAACCGAAAGCGAAAACAGUUUGCAGGACCUGCGUUUGCAAAACGAUCAGCUGCUUGAAAUUGUUCAGCGUCAUCAACAAAACGACUGGGAGGCGCAGCUCGAAAGUGCGCGAGAAGAGAUAAAAACUCUACAGUCGCAGCGAGAGCAACAUGCCCUUGAACUGGAAAAGAGCCUGGAAAUAGAGCGCGAAUCAGUAGCCGCCUUAGGCUCCGAGAAAACUGCUUUGGAGGAACAGCAUAGGCUUAAGCUCGAGCAGCUGCAGCGCGAGAUUCAAAUCCUACAGGAUCAGCACGCCAACUCAGAAAGCGAAACUGUUGCAGCUCUGAAAUCCCAGUUGGAGGCACUCAGUCAGGACUUGGCCAAUAGCCAGGCCAGUCUCCUGGCCAAGGAAAAGGAAUUGAAAGCCAGUGGCAACAAGUUAAACAAGAUAAAGAAACAACAUGAACACCAUCAAACGAAAUCAAGCGAACAAAACGCGCGAUUAGAAACACUGCAAGGUGAGCUGGCGGAUCAACAACGUCAUUGCCGACAGGUGGAAAACGAGAAGGAAGAGUUGCAGACACGCGUCACCGGAAUUCUAGAAGAGAUCGGUACCAUGCAGGCGCAAAUGCAGCAGGUGCAGGACUCUCACAGUGAACUGGAACGCGAGAAGCGAAAGCUGGAGUCCCGCAUCGAGUCUCUGCAGCAGGAGCAGGUGGACAGCAGUGCCCAGGACGAACGAACCUCCGCCAAGCUGGAGGAGAUCCAAAGCGAAAACACCAAGCUCGCCGAGCGCAACUGUCUGCUGGAGGAGCAGACGAAUCACUUGGAAUCCCAGCUGGAGGCCAAGCAAGAGGAAAUUGGAAAGAUUCAGUUAAAGAUGCAACAGGUACUGGACGAGCACUCGAAACUUCAAAAUGCCCAGGAGCUGAUGGAUCACGACUACCGCACCCUGCAAGACAAGUGCGAUGCCUACGAAAAGGACAAGCUGCUGACCAAGGAUACCUUGGACUGCUUGGAGGCGGCCAGUGGAGAAUUGCAGCGGGUUAAGGCGAAUUUAGAGCGGGAUCUGGAGGAACAGCAACAGCAAUUGUUGGAGUUACGAGAACGGCAGAGGGAGCAGGAGCAGCAGUUAAGAGACCAGGCGGAUCGAUGCGUCGAAUUGGAGGCCGAGAAUUCCGCAAACGUAAGUCAGCUGCAGGCCACCAUCAGCAAUCUUCGCGAGCAACUGGAUUCCCACAGGCAGUCGGAAGAAGGCAUUCAGGAGAAGAUCCAGGCCACCAGUGCAUCCUACGCCUCACAGAUUGCCACCUUGGAGGCACGCUGGAGUGCCGCCAACUCCGAUGUGGAGCGUCUCCAUGAAGCAAACGAUGCCCUGCAGUUGGAAAUGGAACAGUUGAAAAUCAAGCACAACCAGGAACGAGAGGAAGUUAAGGAGUCUAUUGCCCAGAAGAAUCGCCAAGUGGUGGAGCUGCAAGAAGCCAUGGCAUUGCGGGAUCGCCAGCUAAAGGACAAGGUUGAAGCCUCUGAAAAACUUGCAAAAUUCGAUGAGCUUCAAAUCGAGAACGAGUAUCUUAGCAAGCACACCAAACAACUGGAAAAGGAGUUGGCUGAAGACGCGGAACUCAAAGAGAAACUGAAAUCCCUGCAAUGUGAAUUGUACGUUCUGCAGGAGAAGGCCGAACAGCACGCUGUCCAAAUGUCCGAAAAGGAAACCCAAAGUGCGGCAGCGACAGCAGAGGUGAGUGAACUGAAAAGAGCCAUUGAGGAGCAGGCGGUCGAGUUAACCCGACAGAAGGAGCACGCCAGCUUCGUCACCGAACAGAGUGACGCUGUCCAAAAAGAACUACUCCAAGCGCAACAGCAACUCCAGGAUAAACAAAGCGAACUAACGAAAACCCAAGAAGAACAAAGCACUCUUAAGGCCACUGUUGAAAGCCUCAACCAGGAGGUGUCCAGUCUCAAGGAGCAGGCCACGGCCUCGUCGGAUUCCGAUGGUUUGCGCAGCCUGAACGAGCGACUGCAGCGAGAGCUGGAGGAUCUGAAGCACAAAAGCAACGGCGCGGAGUCCAACAUGCAGCAGGAGAUCGAGGAGUUGCAGGCGAACAACCAGCAGAUGGCCGAGCGCAUCAACGAACUGGAAACCCUGCGGGCGGGCAUUCAGGCCCAGCAACUUCUUGCCAGCAUGGCGCCCAAGAAUGUCCAGGAGGCGGCCGCUGCCGGAGAGCGGGCUGAAUUGGAGGCCAAGCUUAAGGAGAUUAUGAACGAGGUGCAGGAUGUGACAAGUAGAAAUCUGUUCCUGGAGCAAAAAUGCGAAAACUACCUAAUACUCGAACAGUCCAACGAAAGGUUGAAGCUGCAGAAUGCGAGACUCUCAAGACAACUGGAUGAAACACUGGUAUCCAUGCAGCACAGCGAGGCUGUUCCAGCAAACACGGAGUUUGAAUACUUAAAAAAUAUCAUGUUCCAGUACCUGACUGGCAACACAAACAAUGAGACACUGGUUAAAGUGAUAUCGGCGGUGCUCAAGUUUUCACCGCAGCAGACCCAAGUUGCUCUGGAAAAGGAGCAUCAGCGACGAUCGCUGCUAAACAAAAUAAUCUAGCAUGAACUCAUGGCUCUCUACGAUGGAGACUGGAACUGGGAGCCCUGCCCGGCGACGCUUCCAGACCGCAAUUAAAGUCGGAGGGAUUGAAAGGAGAUCACAAGUACCUUAUACCUCACCUCCGGCCGAUGGGAUGGAUGAUUCCGGCUGUUUCUGCAGGCAAUUGGAUGUGUUAAACCAGUUGAUACAUAUUUGUGUGUAAACCCCCAUUAACCCCAUACUAGAUAAAUGUUAUUGUACAGUCCACUAAUUAACUAUAGCUACUUCUAUCCAAAUUCAUGCUAAGCACUUUUGUACAUUUUGAUUACGCUUUCCAUGUUUCCGGCAUUUAUUUGCUUGCGAUCCAGAAUCCCACUUAUCCCCAAUCUAACCUAAGUGCAAUCGUUUUGUGUGUUUUAGUUAUAAGAUUAAAUUUGUAAAGAUCCGCAGCGCAGUUGGCAUUUAGUUUAAUUCAAAUUCUAUACAAUUACAUAAAAUAAAUAGUUGCAAUUUAUUCAAGGUAA